GAGUCGUGUGGGUGAAGACGGCCGCAGUGGGUUUUGAGUUGUGGGGGUUUGAUUCGACGCAAAGAGCGAAAAGGAUCCGGAUGGCGACGGAAGCAGCGAGGAUCUCUCACAUGUAGCUUUGCCUGGGUGUAAAUAUUAUUUCCCUUCCUUCUGCCCUGCUAAGGCCUCCUCCCCCGACGAAGACAAGGCAGGCGUCAGGGAGAAAAAAGAAAAAGGAAAGCAGAAGAAGCUUUGAGUGUUCACCCGUGGAAAUGUUUGUCACGAAGGGAGACGUGGAAAAGAGCCGCGCCGCAGCACGGGCGAGCCUUACGGACGCGCCGAGUUGGGCUCCUUGUCACGGGCAGCAGUGAGACGCAAGACCCGGGCUUUUUCGGAGAUGCAACAUUGGGCUGAUUGAAGAGAACCUGCGUGUUUUUCUCUUUCGGACAGGUCGAUUUUAAGAAGACAUUUGUGGACUACAACUGUCACACUUCGAACGGUAGUUGGGUGAAGACAUUGGGGGCAAACUGAAGCAAAACUCCACAGAGUGCAUGUGAAGGAGGAGGGAAAAAGCCAGAGCAGGAUUGAGCAGACUGAAGGCGGCCUCGGUGUCGUCAGCAACAGUAUCCUGCCCUUUCUCUGACAGCAAAAAUACGCGUUAUGGACGCAUAGUCUCCGCUGCGCUGCACCAGCGACUGCUUUUUGGGGCAGGCCACAGCAGUGGAAGCGUGUUAAAUGUGGCUGACAUUGCUACUGAAAUCUUCGGGUCAAAAGGAGAGAUCCGGACUAGUUUAGCUGAUUGAUUUAUUUUUCUUUCUGCAUACCCCUCCUCUUCACCUCCACUACUUCUCUUUCUUCUUCCACCACUACCACCACCUCCUUUUCCCCUGGAUCCCCUCUUUUUUCUCCCUUUUUGCGGGAAGAUGGGUUGUUUGGGCAACAGUAAGACCGAAGACCAGAGAAAUGAGGAGAAGGCACAAAGAGAAGCAAACAAAAAGAUAGAGAAGCAGCUCCAAAAAGACAAACAGAUAUACAGAGCCACACACAGACUGCUACUUUUAGGAGCUGGAGAGUCAGGAAAGAGCACCAUAGUAAAACAGAUGAAGAUCCUACAUGUUGAUGGCUUCAACGCAGAAGAGAAGAAGCAGAAAAUUCACGACAUCAAGAAUAAUAUCAAGGAAGCCAUUGAGACCAUAGUAACAGCGAUGAGCAACUUGACACCACCAGUGCAGUUGGCCUCUCCAGAGAAUCAGUACAGGAUUGAAUACAUCCUCAACCUCGUCAACCAGAAGGACUUUGAAUUUCCAUCUGAAUUUUAUGACCAUGCAAAGACACUGUGGCAGGAUGAAGGCGUCAGAGCAUGCUAUGAGAGAUCUAACGAAUAUCAAUUAAUCGACUGUGCACAGUACUUCCUAGACAAGAUUGACAUUGUAAAACAGAAUGACUACACGCCAACAGACCAGGAUUUGCUGCGUUGCAGAGUUCUGACCUCUGGAAUCUUCGAGACAAGAUUCCAAGUGGACAAAGUUAAUUUUCAUAUGUUUGAUGUCGGGGGCCAAAGAGACGAACGCAGGAAGUGGAUUCAGUGCUUUAAUGAUGUAACGGCCAUUAUCUUCGUAGUGGCAAGUAGCAGUUACAACAUGGUGAUCAGAGAGGACAAUCAGACCAACAGAUUACAGGAGGCACUCAACCUCUUCAAGAACAUCUGGAACAACAGGUGGCUGCGGACCAUUUCUGUCAUCCUGUUCCUGAAUAAACAGGACCUGCUGGCAGAGAAGGUGCUGGCGGGGAAGUCCAAAAUUGAGGAAUACUUCCCUGAAUUUGCACGCUACACUACACCUGAUGAUGCAACACCUGAGCCUGGAGAAGAUCCUCGUGUCACAAGGGCAAAGUACUUCAUCAGAGAUGAGUUCCUUAGGAUCAGCACAGCAAGUGGAGACGGUAGACACUACUGUUACCCUCACUUCACCUGUGCUGUUGACACGGAAAACAUCCGCCGCGUCUUCAACGACUGUCGAGACAUCAUCCAGAGGAUGCACCUGCGGCAGUAUGAGCUGUUGUGAUUGGAGAAAAAAUUGUGUUCAGUCACACAGAUCAGACUAUGAGAAACCCUAAGUCUCUAAACUGUCCUCUUCCACAGAAGUGUGUGAGCUCCUGUAAAGGAACAGGAGCCGAAUAACACACACACACAAACGCACUCUAUACACAAACGCACCCAGAAACCAGGACUUCCUGUAAUGCAAACCACCCUCCCUGCAUUAGAAAGGGCUGUUUUAAUGGAAGGGUUUACGGUGCAAACACAUAAAGGGAACUUGGAUUUCUACAUCUUCAGCCAUACGCCCAGCUCUUAACUUCACAUCAUGUAUCAACCCCUCAACCUUCAGCUUUCCAAAAGUGGCUGAGCCCAGACCAGUUUGGAUUGUAUCCCCUGCAGUGAGGAGGCACUGAGCUGCAGUUGAGAAUGUACUUCAAGUUGCCAUAAAAAUUGAGAGAGCUUCUACUUGAGUGCAGAACGGAAAAAGACAAGUGUUAAAAUACUGCAAAUAGAAAAUUGACACAUCAUCACAAGAGAUCAGCUGAACACUGUAUCUAAUGAAAACAAGCACUGUGCUCAAGACUUUGCUCAAAGCGUGUUGUAAACCAACCUUUUCUCUCACUCACAUCAUGAUCAGCUUGCAGACACAAACCUAACACAAUCGCUUUUUUUCUUGGAAUGCACAAAUGCGGUCAAAAUCCAAAAUGAACUGAUCUCUCAACUGUCAGGCAGAUUUUUUUUUUUUUUACAGCGUGAGAUUAAACAGACUUAUGUGCACAGGCAAGUGAAGAGCAGCGUUUCCACAUGCUAUAUAUGGAACAGCGGUGUGCUGUGAUCAAUCAGACUGGAGGAGGCGUGAGCUUAUGCAGGAACCGGCCAGAGCUGACUGUGAUGUCAAUCUCUCUAAUGGAGCCUGGACACGUUUGGCAGCAAUGAAGUGACUUUGCCUUUGUUUGAAGUGGCGCAAAUACACGAGGAGGAUUUAUUAAGUUUUAAACGAAACAAAAAAAAAACAUGAAAAAUGCCAUCUUUUAUGGAACUUAACAAACGGAAGGCAAAAAGCAUCCUUCUACAGUACAGUACCAUAUAAUUUAAAGAGAACUCUCAUCUCGUCCUGACUGACCCUGUUGGUAUGUCUCCACAGCUUCUUCUGUCGGUGUAAACUUUUGUGCCAUGGUGCCCUGUGCGCUUUCUUUAUCUUUACACUUUCUGUCCAUGCUUCUCUCCUUGCUCCAACCUCUGCUCUUUCUCUUUUGAAAACUUCACUCUCUCUUUUCCCAUUUCUUCUCUUACUGCUCCUUCCACCUUCUUGUCAUCUCUGUUCUCAACCUUCUGGCAAUGCUCUUUGUUUAGAGAGAGAAUAUAAUAAUGUUAAAAUAUAAAAACUAGAUCAUAACAACAUCAACUGGGACACUAAUGUUUUUGUUUUUUACUCACAUGGUCAAACAGCCCCUCCCUGCCAUUUCCCUCUCUCACAGUCAUUUUUCUAUCACUCUAUACCUUCCUCUCUCAGCCUCCUGCUCCUUCAUUUGUCUGUCUUUUCUUUGCUGCUGAUCUAUUAUUCUUGUACAGACUGUAAAAUGUAUUAUUUUGUACAACUUUAUUGAAAAAAAAAAACUUUUAGAAGAUCCCUGUGCCUUGAUCACGACUGUACGUGUGUAAUGAGCUAAAGUGGGUGUCAUACUGCGCUGUAUAGCUUGGCCAAUCCCCUCCUAACUCCUUCCCUCUCCCCCCACCACCUCCCCUUGCUCUCUCUGAUUUUUUUCCCACUCUCUCCUCUGUUCCAUCCUUCUUCUCAGGGAGAGAGGACCACCAUUCGUAGCUUUUGUAGGGUUUUUUUUCUCCCUUCCUCUUUCCUCCCAUUCUCUUUAUGAUUUAAAUGUCUAUUUUUGGAUCCCUAUACCCCAAAAAAGAUAAAUAUAUGAAAUGUAUAUGGGUUUUAAAAAAAAAAAGUAAGUAUUUUAUUAGAAUCAAAUGAACCUUGACAAAUUGUACACUUGAUAGUGUGCGUAUUGCUAUAACUUAAAUCCUUUCAACUCAAGUUGUGUUUGGGUUUCUUUUGUUUUAUUGCCUUAACAUUUGUAGAUGACAUUUGAAGGGUUAAAAAAAAGAAAAGACAGAUGCACACAGCACUUGUUUCUACACAAAAUAUUUUCUUUUGCUAAAGCCAAAAAAGAGGAGGGGGGUCUUUGUUUAAUUUCAAAUCACAGGAGAAAAUGGAGAAAGCCACAGCAGAGGCAGCUGUUCUAGUAUAAGCAUCCCAUUUCACUGCCCUGUUCUUCAUUAAUGUGUGCAUUAAAUGUUGAUCAUUGAUUUUCAGGAGUCCUAACAAAUAAAGUUCUUUGUGCUGACA